AUGUCGAACUCGAACCCAAUCACUCUGCAGAACAUCCAGGACUACGCAAAGAAAUAUUUUCCCAAGGAAUUCGCCAAGCUACCUUCAGUCGAAAAGCUUCCGUGGGGAUCAGCCUCGCCAUAUCGAACAAAAGCACAACUAAGCCUCAAGAUCGCUUCGUUCAGGCUACGUAUCGGCACAAGCAAAUCGGGCGAGGCUGUAUGGGCUCACCAGAGUCUUAAUCGUUUUAACGACGUCUACCAACUAUGCGGUCUGGAACGAACUCUAUCAUUAACGUGCCCGUCGCCUUGCGUUAAUCUUGACCGUCUGUUCAAACCUGCAUUCAGGACAGGUCGAGCUUCAUAUCGUGAGGGAGGGCAGAAACUUGGUUACGAGUUGCGUACUCUGAUUCAAUACUAUUUCAUGUUGAAGGGUGCCAUACCAGAAUUCGAAUGUUUCUGGGCUUUGGGUAGUUUCGAAUGGGCCGUCAAAUCCUUAGCAAAUGGAGCGCCGCUCAACGACAUUUCAGUCGACCAGUUUGGUCAUGAUGCAGCAGAACGACUGCUCUCUGUUCGAUCCACGGUUCCCUAUGGACACCAGAUACCAGCUACAACACCGAAUAAGAUUAACCAACGAGGCCAAGAUGCUGUCCCCAAAAAAGAGCAGAAGCACGCUGCCGAGAUUGACAGUAUCAAUAAGAUUGAAGAGAAGAACAAAGAGAAACAUGGAACGCAUCAUACAGACCAGAUGAAGCAAUUCUUCAAGGACCAGAGCGCUGUCCAAAAGAACGCCGACGAGUUUCUGGCCCUCACGUCAGCCGAGAAAAAGGCGCAUGUAGCAAGAAUUCGCCAACUCGAAGCUCAACUCUCUGAAGAACGAAUGGCGCGUACCGACGCUAAUCAAGCUAGAGUAGCUCUUGAUGAACGAAACAAGCUCCUGCAAAGACGACUCGACAAGACUUGUAUUGAGAUUGCGGAAGAGAGAGAAAAGCUGAAGAAUGAGAUGUUCAAUGCCCGCCUAUCAAAGCAGAGAGUACGAGCAGAACUGAACAGGCGGAAUGAGUCAGAGAAAAAGCGGAAGGAAGAUUGCGCCAACACGGAAGCCAAGUUGCAGAAAGCGCGAGCUUUUUACACGAACCAGAAAGAGCUGCUCGAGAUACAGGUUGCAGACUGUACAGACGAAAAGAAGGAGGCGAUUAUGAAAGCAUUCGAGCAAGAUUAUGGAGAGUUAGGCGUGGAAUGA